CCCUCCCGAGCCGUCGUCGCAGGGGCCUCAACCGCCCGCCUUGCCCGCGGCGACGCCAUGUUCCCAGCAUGGGGGUUUCCACUUGCAGUCAUUGCUACCUGUGCUGGCAUUUACUUUUUACCGUCUCCUAUUGAUCCAGAACCAUUUGUAUUUGAAAAACCACCUCCUGCCCUAGUUGGAUCAUUGCAAGUGAAUAAAAAGCUUCAGAGUGGACAAAGAAUCUUUAUGGGACAACUGAAAGGUCCUGAGUCUUUUACUGUUGAUGAUGAAGGUAAUCUCUACACUGGUACCGUGGAUGGGAAACUGUGGAUGAUCAGUGGUGACCAGUUGCAUUUCAUUACUCAAAUGGGGCAGAAUAUGCCUGAAUGUGGAACUCCAGAUUAUGAACCAAUAUGUGGACGGCCUCACGGAGUCCGAGUGGAUCAGGAUGGCAACUUGAUUGUGGCAGAUUCUUAUUUUGGCCUGUAUAAAGUCAAUCCAAGGACAGGAGAGAAAACCCUCCUGCUAUCGAGUGAACAAGGUGUGGAUGGAAUUCCUUUCAAAUUCCUAAAUGGAUUAGAAAUAUCAAAGAACAAUUUGAUUUAUUUUACGGAUUCAAGUAGCAAGUGGGAGAGACGGCAUCACAAAUAUGAGGUAAUAGAAACAAACCAUCUUGGACGCCUCUUGACCUAUGAUCCUGUAACGAGAACAGCGAGAACAGUGCUCAGUGGCUUGUACAUGGCAAAUGGGAUUACAUUGUCUCCCUUUGAAGAUUAUAUAUUAAUAGCGGAAACCAGCAUAUGUAGAAUCAUACGCUAUUGGGUAAGCGGAGCUAAUGCAGGAGAAAAAGAAGUUUUUGUGGACAACCUACCUGGAUAUCCAGACAACAUCAGAUUAUCAAAGAAAGGCUUAUACAGAGUUGGAAUAUCUACUACUCGUUUUCCUAGUUUUUUUUCUCCUUUUCUGGAUGCUUUAGGACCAUACCCAUUCCUGAAGAAAUUUAUUGCAAAGGUAACUUUGACACUGCAGAAAUUUAUUGCAAAGGUGACUCCUCUAUCAUUCUACAGCAUUUUUCUUCAUAAGCAUGGCUUGUUCUUAGAAAUUAACGACAAAGGAGACAUCGUGGAAAGUUUCCAUGACCCUGAUGGUAGUGUCACUUGGACUGUCAGUGAUGUCUUUGAGCACAAUGGGAAGGUGUAUCUAGGUAAUACAGAACUGCCUUUUCUUGUGGUGCUACAGUAGACUUAAGUUUUCAUGAGCUGGUGUGUCAAAAGAAAAAUAGCAGUAUUCCUUCAAGCAGCUAUUAAACAUUUUUUCUACUUAGCAGGCUGCUACAGCAACAAAGAAGUAGAACUGAAACUAAUACCAAAUAGCUAAACAGAAAUGGAGCAUAGAAAUGCUUGUUUUAGAAGCUUGGGAAAGCCUCAGAUGUGAAUAGGUUAGAUGCAAGUCACUCCCCUCUAUAGUUUAAGGAAAUAGUUAUGUUUUUGAACAGUUGCACAGAGUUAUCCAAGGCAUUCAACUCUAACAGGGUUGUAAGGUGAGUACUGUAUAUCUUAUUCUUACCUGCAGUUCGUAUUUUGAAAGAAUCCUUAUUCCCCUUUUCCAGGGGCAGAGAACAUACUGCUUUUAAUUAUGAACAGUAGUUCUCCAUUGUCUUUUUCUUAAUGGUUGAAUGUAUAGAAAACAAACAGUUUCCAAGAAAAUAUAUCUGAACAUAUACAGUUUGUAUUAAAGUUCUCACAUUCCACUAUUUUUUCCUAGUGCAAAUUAGUCAUGUUGUGUUUUGCCAGACACUGUACAUAACGAUCAACUGCAGGUUGAUCCAGUAACUGUGACCAUGAGGAAGGAGGAAAAAUUCACUAAUGGCAGUUAUAUAACAGCACAACAGGCAGAGAACAGGCUUACAAAUCAGGAAUCCAAUCUCUUAGCUUGAUCUUUUGGAAAGGUUUAACUUUAGUUCAGUAACAGAAACAUCAGAAAUUUGACAGGCAGUUUAUUUUGUCUUUCCCCAAAAGUGCAGCAGUGAACAGGGUCCUCUGGAAGGGCACUUUCUAAACAGAUGUUCAAAACAGAGCAGAAAUUAAGUAUGCUCACAACAUGCUAGAGCAAAGUAUGCUCACAUACAGAGAAGAGUAAUACAAAUAAAGUAUACUUUAAUUCAAUCAAAAUAAAAAAUGACAAUUGUUUAAUUAGAAUCAAAUAUUGUAUUUAGCUUGUGUAACAGAUCAGUCUUAACGUUGAUAGUUUGAACAGAUUUUUACACCUGCUUUGUGUGUAUGCAUGCAUGUGAGUUUUUACAGAUUUAUUCCCAAAAAUGCAAGAAUGUCAGUUCUUUGGGCCUGUGCUGAGUAAGCAUGUAGUUAGCUAUGUUCACUUAUGCUGAAGUAAUGAUACUGAGUAAGGUUUUCAUUUUAGGUUAAUGUAAUAAGGGAUCUGUUAGCUGUAUUUCUCACUGUACCAUAUCUGCUUUAUUAGAUCAGAACCAGGUAUGAACUAAAAAAAAAAGUAAAAAAAAAAAAGUCACAUUUCACUCUCAUUUGAACUCUGCACCUAUAAGGUCCCUUCAUUUAAAUAGAAAUGCCUUCGGUAACAAGGUAUAGAUACAGCCAUGGUCAAAUCAUGUAUCAAAGGGAAAUCUAGGAAGAGCAUUUAACUUUAAAAUGACUUAUCUGGGAAUUAGGUCUGGCUGCGAGUUAAAAGUCCCUUCAUAAUAUUCUUUUAAUCAUCAAGGAUAAGUAUUAAUACUGUCCAUUCAGGACUGUAAAAAUACCCAUGGAAUUAACUGCUUCUUUGGAAGAGACACCAGACAUGUUGCAACAAACUCCUCUAAAGGCAGUGGAAGCUAAGCAGCUGUUUGUUGCUGUUCUUCCUUCAGCCAGAUGCUUUUGCUGAACAGUUCUUAAGUCUGUAUCAAAAAGUGUGAGCGAAGCAGAUAUUUUCCUGAACAGCUAUUCUCUUUUGGUAAGUAAGGACUGACUAAUUUUAUUCUGAAAUUGAGUUUAACAGGACAUUUAUUGCCUAUGAUGGAUUACAGGUAUAGUGUGGUUCUCUGACACUGAGUGUGGAAAAAAGUAGGAUAUUGAGUCUCAUUACAGACAAAAAUGCUUUACAGGUGUACAGAUAUCAGGAGUGAUAGUUUGAGUAAAACACAUUCUGUAAUCCCACUUCUGAAUAUUCUAUAUUGAUUCUAUUCAGUUAACUUUCAAUUAAGUAUUAGACAGCACAUAAGUCAUACAAAAAUUUGCUUGCUAUGGCUUAAAUCAUUUUAAGAAGAGAUAGAUAGUGUUAAAUUAAUCAAGUUAUAGAUUUGUACCUAUGACAUUUCUUUUCUCUUAAGAAGCAUCAUGACACACAACUUUCACUGAAACUUAACUCAAGUAGAAGCUUGUCAUGUCAUUUCUUUGAUUUGAUAGAACCCUGUAGGGUUUAAUUUGCAACUAUCAAUUUAUUUCACUCUAGCCUCUAUACAGCUACCAAAAAGAGCUUAAACAAAGAACAAGUUUAAGUUGCUAAAAUAUCUGAGCAAGACACUACUUAAAUGAACUUUAGGCUUAGCUCAGUGUGCAAGAGCAAACACUUUGAGAGCAUAAAAAACCCCACAACUUUGGUUUUGUUUUUAAAGAGAAGCCAGAGUCUGAAGGAUGUUGAUGGGCAAUACAAAGGCUCAAUAAACAGAACAAGAUAAAGCUACAAUUGUAAUGGAGAGAAAAAAAAAAAAUCUUGAGUAUCUGAAAGCAUGUAAAUAGUAACCAAAACCCCCAGCAUUUAUACAGAUACUGCAGCUGAGGAACUCCCUUUCAAGCUAAUUAUUUUUCUCCGAAUGUUUGGUCGCUCUAGAGAUUGUUUCAGUGAGCUAGAUUUGAGACAAAAAGCUCUAUAAAAAAGGUCUAACCUGUAUACCAUCACAGAAGUUCUACAACUCUAAGCUACAUGAAGGUCAACAUCUAUCCUUCAGAAGCAGAAGUGAGGAAAAUUCAACAGAUCUUUAUAGCAUUGCUUUUAUCCAGUUUGUGGAUGUAUGCAUGGGAGUAUGUACCUUCAUAGAUUUGGGGAGAGUCAUACUUUGUUGCCUACUUCAUGUUUACUUGGUAGAAGGUUUCAUUUGAUGGGCUGCAUUUCAGAUGACACUAACAAGAAGGUUGAAAAGAUGACAUCACCCUUCCAAAGGGAAAACAUGUGAUCAUGUACUGCAGUCAGAAGUCUGGCUUGCAGUCUUUUGGUGUGAAGGCCACUUACUGCAGGUUCUGAGUAGUUAUGUCUCAACGAGAAAGCAAAUCUAUGAAGCACUUAAACUGCCUUAAAUAGCCCUCUUGCUACUACCCAGCAGAAAUUUUUUUUUUUUAAAGCUAGUUUACUUUCAAAAUAAUUUACCUUCAAGCAUCUAAUUGGCUUCAGAUGUUAGACAGUUGGAGACAACUGGAGGUUAGAAAAAGAUCAACUCUAUUGUGGUGCUUUGUUUUUGAAUUUUAGUAUUCCUGUUCAUAUAUUCAAACAUACUUAAAUCGGCUCAAAACAGGCACACUUACUUGAAUACUUGUUAGUCUCAACACUGUUUUGAUAGGCUUCUUAGUGAGUUAAAACCUUAACUUUGAAAGUUUCAGUAGUACAUGUUAACCUACUCUAGCAUUUCAAACUAGAAUGAGGUUCAAAUUACAUUCUUGUUUACAGGCUACCAAAGCAGAUCUAUAAGAUGCAUCGUUAUCAUUUGAAGUGGUCUUGUUGAAAGAAGGUAUUUAGCAUACUGAUUUUAAUUCUGCACAAGACACUUGCCAGUCAGAUCCUACAGCUUUGACUAGUGCCUUCCUAUGCUAUUUUGGGCUAGUUUGCUAUUGUCAUUAACAGCUUUGAGCUCAGUACAACAAGCCCAUAAUUAAACCUAGCGUUUAAGAAAGUCCAUAUGACAGGGUGUGAAUAUGGGUGAGCAUUUCUGUGCAAUAGCACCUGCCUACCUAACCAAAUUCAAAUAUGUAUUUAUUGAUUUUUUUUUUAGAGCAAAAUAAACUGUGUUCAGAUUCAGAGGCCAUAGGUAACCUCUGUGCCUGUGAUAUGAAAAAGUACUUGAAAGACAAAGGUGGUAAUCAAAUAUCUGAGCAAGACAGAUUAGCUAUGUCUGACAAUUUAGAAUUACAGUUCAGCUGUAAAUAUACAUAUUGCACAAGGCAACCAGCUAAAGACAAGGGUUUUUCUUCCAAACUGGGUUUGAACAGCCCAUUAAUAGUCUUCCAGCUGUGAUCAAUGAAAGUUAAGAGACAGACCUGCUGCAGUCACUGGAGACACUGCUCAGUGGGAGCUGACCGCAAGAAGCUCUUAAAUGCUUUGUAAGGACUGUGCAGAAAACCUGCGAGCCCGAACACCGUGAUUGCUGAACAUGAGGCGUGGGUCAAAUCUGUACCUAUGAAAGGAAACAAGCUGUGUGAGCUACAAUUAGUAGUAACUAAUACUUCUAAAAAUAGCGUAUUUCUAGAAUAGCUGGUACAAUGCUACAUGAAUAGCUGGGGUUUUUUUUUUUUGAUAGCAUACAGUAGGGACAUUCUCCUACAUAUUGCAACAGAUGAGUCAUGAUGAUACAGAACUAAGGAGCAGAUGUUAUCAGAAAAAUAAAUAGUAGCUGUACUAAACUACUGCUACAAUAAAUACUAGCUACACCAUACUAACAGCACACAUGUAUAAUAUUAAAGUAUUCAGGAGAUGCACUUUAGUAGAAAGUUUUGUUGUCUCACACUACAAGUCUGUGUAGCACAACUGAAAGGACAUUUUAAAUGCCCUAAGAGAAAGGGCUUUAAAUCAAAUGAUUUUUAGUUUUGAGCUAAGAAGUGCAAUUUACUUACAAGCGUUGACUAAUACAUACAGCUUAGGUCCCGCAGUAAGUAUUUCUUUACUAACAGCAUCUCCAGAAAUAAUCAGAGCAAGUAAUUUCUGCCUACAGAAAUAUGCGGAGCUCUUUAUCUGCAGGCAAACCUGAAGUUGCUUGUCUGCUGACUACUCAGUAUAGCUGUAAGCUCCACUAUUCUAAGUCAACAGUGGCUAACAAGGUUAAAGUAGUAGUAUUAAUAUUAUCAAGAUAUAUUUUGUUGGUUAAAUUAAAAUAAAGAUUAAAAUAGAAGGAUCAAGAAAUCCUCCCUAUUAAACAAAAGUGUACAUGCUAGUGAUAUUCUAUUCCACCAUAAAUACCUUUGUGAAAACUUAUUUUUUCUAAAAAUAUAUGGUUAUACUUAAAAGCCUUAUAACCAGUCAAAACAGUGUUUACCCGGGAUCAAAGACACCUGGUGUACGGCAGGUUGCUCCUGAACAGGACUGCAGCAUCAUUAAUCGAUAGUUCAUCUUUUCUAGAAUUUCUUGAUCUAUUGUUUUAGCAAUAUUAUUGAUCUGAUGUGGAUCAGCAGUCAAGUUAUAUACUUCCACAAACACCUGUUUAACAGAAGAAAGUUCUUGCAGUGUAUUAAGAGCUAAAUGCUAAUUAACAUUUUUUGAGAAGAACAGUUUAUGACAACAUACAGUAUCAAAUGUUACAUUGCAGCAUUCCCAUACAUAAGCUGUAUUUUGCCCUAGUGGCAAAGUGGUCAAAGGCAGGGAAGUUGGUAGGUAAAGGUAAUGUUUUGAUACAGUACAGUGUUGUUGGAAGUGUUUUUACUUAUACCCCACCCCACACCCCAAAAACCCCACAAACACAUACACCCCAGUCUGCUGUAUAGUAGUUGUUUUUCUGACAGAUAAAUAGACCCUGCCUUAAAGCUCACAAAUAGAAAGCAAAAGACCAUGGGGAAAAUUCCUGACCAUGGCUAUCAUUUCAUUAAUUGAUCUUAACAGAUACAGUUUCACAACCAUCUGUGUACAUACAGCUGUACAACUGAGAUGUGUCUUAACUAUGUAUACAAUGUAUACUGAAUACAAAUAUACAAGCCUACUAGAAGAAAGCUUUUUUUUUUUUUUUUUUAAUUGUGUGCUUUGAGAACUAGAAGGUUUGCUUGGAAGAUUUUAGGGCAGAUUCAGUUUUUGGUAGAAAAAGUCUUUGAACUAUUUUGUAGAACAAAUAUUGUGCAAACAUACCUCAAGAAUUCAGCUAAAGUUUUGUCUGUGCUACAGUAGGUGCGAUUGCAGCAGAUGUUGGUUAAACGCCUGGGUUUAAGCUGGCUGGGUUGUGUCUAACUUAAAGAUGUCAGCAGAAGCUUUGGUUGCAAGGUCUCUCGUAAAAUUCAGUACAAAGUUUUAAAAUCCACAUUGCUGCAUCUUCCUGAGUUAGUCCUAAUUUAGCUGACCCACGUAAACUGGGUAGCCCAGAAGUGCAACAGCUAUACCUCUUAUAGAAAAAAAAAAAAAAAGAUGACAUGACAUCUACUGAGAUCAGCUUUGGAGUCUACUUUUACAAAGAAAGAUAUGGCAUUCAUUCUGCUUCAUCCUAAGUUGUCAGCAAAUGGAAAAGAGGGCAGAGUCUGUUAAUCAGCAUCUUAAUCAGCUAUACAGUCAUCUUGUCUCCCUGCAGCAACCUAGUUAUGGGAUUUGCUCUUCUGCUGUAAGUUCUAAGUUUAUUUUAAGUUGUCAGAAAGUGCUUUGUAUGCUGUCAUGGCAGUUGGGGACACCUGAUAGUUUUGUGUUUACUAUAUAUCUACUCACAGGGUGAUUGAUUAAAUUUGUGGCCCAAAUAGUUGCUUUGAACCUGAUAUGCUUUUUAGGAUUGACUCUGCGCAAAUGGGCACAAGUAAGAUCAGCCCUGUAACACUUCAGUUUUGUGCAUAAAGCUGGUGCUUCAUUAAUGAUUUGAACUGCUUCUGCAGGGGGUGUUAUGUCCCAUAUACCCAAACAACUUAAGCUAAAGUUAGAGGUUCUUUCUGAAAGUUUGCCACAAGAGGCAAGCACACAAGAGGCAAGCAAAUGCUUGCCAGGUAGAAGAGAAAUGAUGAUUAGUCUGAGACUUCAGUUCUUCCCCAGAAAGAGAGCUGCAAUUGAACGUAAGAGCAACAGCAGCAGAAGUACUAUGUAACAAAAAUAUUUGUAGUACAAAAGAAUCUGCUACAUGGAAUCAAGAUAAGGCAGAACUGAACCCAGCCCUAGUACAGCUCUUCAUGAGGCUGCUAGGUGACUACUAGAAGGCAAUUAUCACAGUUUAGGCUAUUUCCCUUCUCUCCCCCCCGCCUUCACCUCCCCCCCUUUUUUUUUUUUUUUUUUUUAAAACCCCACCAGAGUUCUGGUCAAACAUUCUCAUCAGUAGUUAAACACUUUACUGCUUAUCCUGCAAGCAAUGCUAAUCUGCUUUUCAGAGUACUUUAUGCAAACCUUGAGAACAGAUAAGACUGCAGACAGUGACUAGCAUAGUUGUGACGAGUUAACAUCUGUUAGUGAGACAAAGAAUUACCUCCCGAUCAUCAAAUUCACAGUACUGCAGAUCCCAGGAAGCUGACAGUGUCCUUACACAAGCAUAUGUGUUGUUAUAGGAAUCUUCACACACACAGUCUGGGAAACAGUGCUGUGAAGGAAGCAGUGAACAAAUACUUUAGAAGAAAAAAGAAACUAGCAGUCCUGUCCCUAAAGUCUGUAACAGCUCAAGCCAACUGCAGUUAAUUGAUGAACACCAAAAAUCUUAGAAAAUAGGCGCAAGUGUCCACUGGGGAUUUUAAACAAAAAUAGCUCUUCUAAAUUUGAGAAAGUGGUACUAGUUAACUCCCACCACAAUAUAUUAGCUUUCCAGACAAAAUUCAAGUACACCAAAGAGAACAGCAAAAAACCCACACUACUAGGAUGACCUCCUCUGAUUUUUCAGAGCAUAGCUAGUGACCUGAGCAACAGUUUCAGAUAAACACCAUGUGACACGGCCUUCAGGUUUAUAAGGAACACUGUAUCACUACCACCCAUUUCCCCAAGCCCACAUCUUUGUGGAUAAUUUUAAGGCCUCUUCUAGUCUAGAGGCCCUAUAGAUUUCCAUUGAAAGGGUGAUUGUGUUCUGUAACAGUAUGCAGACAUACCAGUUUUGUAUGGCUGGUGUCUCUUAGACAUUGUUGCUGUACAGCAGCUACAGAGCUCUUACAUAUGGAGAUCCUAAAAACUAGUCUCUAGAAGCUUAUUUCUAGAACCAGGUUAGCCCAUAGAACAGUCAGAGGUUUAAUAUUAGAAAACAGCUGCUGAAUUAACAAAUUUUGUUCUGCUUACUGUAACACCAGGUCCUAGGCCAGGGCAGGUAGGAUCACUGCCGUUGUAUCCUUCUCCUUGGUACUCCACCAAGAAGUCUGAUCUCCAUGUCACAUUUUUGUCUCCUCUCUAGGACAGGAAGUUAAUAUGACUUAUUAUUUACUACACUGAAUCAGAAGACGUUUUCCAUGCCUGGGAUAACAAAAGCUGUUCAUUGGUUACGCAGCAGUUUGAGUUAUGGUCCCCAAUUUGAGUCAGUCUUAAGAUAAUAUUCAGCCUUUGGUUAGAAUGCCUCAUGUAACUGGAAGACAGAGAUCCAAUUCAAAAAAACCUAAACCCUGACAAGAAGGUGCACUAAAGUGCGAGCUUUGAUUCAUAAAGAAUCAUGCAGUAAGAUAAAAUAGGAGCCAUGUGGCCAGAGGAUACCACCAUAUUACAGGCAAGAUCUUUCUAUAGGCUGUUUCUCUUUAGCUUUUAAAUCCAGCUACCACAACAAAUGGAAAAAGAUAGCCUUGGCAUAAGAAAAGAAACAGCUUUAAGCAGCAACUAAGUUUUAAGCUGUUCUAUUUGUAGCUACUUUUUUUAAAAGCUAGCUGGGGAAAAAAGCUGUAAAUUAACAUACAGCACCAUCACAGACACAUACAAUAAAAGAAUGAGUUCCAGAAUUUUGAUUCUGACAGAAUUUAAGCUAGAUGUCUUUUAGCUGCUUCCAUCUAAAGAACAGCUUAAGGCUUGCAUACAGGGUUUUAAUAGCAAAGCACUGUUUUAAAUCUGGAUGAUCUCCUACAUUUCCAAGUAAUCUGCCUUCAAUUUAUAGACUAAAUUUAAUUAAAACUAAAAGGAUCAGCUACAAGCAGCUUUAUUUAAAUAGGCUUCUGGUCACUUAUUGGAAAGGUCAGGUUUACUUUAUGAAACUACGUAAGUUUUGCCAGAAUUUAGGGGGAAGCACUAGUUCUACUUAGAACUGAAGCAAACAAAAGAUUUAAGUAAGCACAGUCUGCUUCUGUUUUAUGUGCAUACUAAGAAGACCUAAUCAAAGGGGGAGGGAGGGUAAAAGGUAGAAACAACAUACAGCCUGACAGAAAUGAUUACAAAUGGCAGGAUUACCAGAAGAUGAUAUAGCUUUAUUACCAGGAGACCCAGAAGCUGCAGAGCUUAUCAAAAUACACUUGCAUUUAAACAGCAUAUCUGCUUUUUCACUAAGUUAUAAAAACCCUGGGUGAAAGUGCCAUCAAGGGGAGAAUAUGGAUUGCAAGCCCACCUAGUCCAUUGAAGGAAGUAAUAUUCACUUUAAAGAAUAACCUUUACUAGAAUUACUGGUUGCUAUCCCUGUCUGUCCACUUACCAACAGUGGCAGUAGUGACAUCCCAUCCAUCUGAGUCUUGUUCAGGUCAUACCCUGCGAUAUCCAGAAUAGUGGGACCCAGAUCAAUGUUUGCAACAAGCAUCUGUAGGGUGAGGGAAACAGUUAAGUUUCAAAGACUGGAACCUAACAGGUUUAAUAAGACUUCUGUAGUUUAAGUACUUGUAAUUUCAGGUACAUCUAAACAGCAUUUAUUUUCAACUUUACAGGGUAAUGGAACCUGUAACAGUCUCAAGAAAUACCAUUUUGGUGGGAAAAUCUUAUGUAAUCUCCACACCUCAUUUAUUUCUGUAGUUUGCAAAUCUGUCAAUUUACUGAUCAAAUGUGGGGGCACAUAGCUUUUUUUUUUUUUUUUUUUUUUUAAAUGAGGUCUUUGCAUCUUGUGCCACCCUACAGAUUUCACUUAUAUAUGCAGGGGCAUAAAUUAAACCUAAAGCUGGUAACUGUGAAACAAUAUUAAAAGCAAAUAAGUAUUUUGUCUUAAUUUCUGAUCUUA